AUGGGCCUUAUAAAGCCGGAGAGCCACAAACCUCUCGGUCAGGAAAACCCUGACAAGGCAUUUCGCGCGGGCCGGACCAACUUCCUCCGGGAGCCAGCGCUCGCGCCCCCGCCGCGCUCACGUGACCAGGCCCCGGUCAGACCACGCCCCCGCCGCUCGGACCGAGUCGAGGAACUGCCGGAAGUGCCGCCAGACCACGCCCCCGCCGCUCAUGCCCCGCCCCAGAGCGACCAGACUCCCGCUCUGACCACGUCCAGGAACCGCCCGUUCCUCCAGACCACGCCCCUGUCGCUCACGCUCACGCCCCGCCCCCGCCCAGACCCAGUCGAGGAACUGCCGGAAGUUCCGCCAGACCACGCCCCUGCCGCUCACGCCCCGCCCCCGAGCCCAGCUCCUACCACAUCCAAGAACCGCGCGUUCCGUCAGAUCACGCCCCCGUCGCUCACGCCCCGCCCCUCUCCUACCACAUCCAAGAACCGCGCGUUCCGUCAGACCACGCCCCCGACGCUCACGCCCCGCCCUCGCGCGACUGAGCUUCCCCGCCCAGACCGGGUCGAGGAACUGCCGGAAGUUCCUCUAGACCACGCCCCGUCGCUGACGCCCCGCCCCCGCGCGAUUAAGCCCCGCCCGGACUCGUCCAGGAACCGCGCCUUCCCCCGGACCACGCCCCCGCCGCUCGCGCCCCGCCCCGACCGCGUCCAGGAACGGCGCGUUCCUCCAGGCCCCACCCCGCGCCGGCCGAGGCCCCGCCCAGGAAGAGCGCGCUCCUGCAGACCACGCCCACGCCGCCCACGCCCCGCCCUCCGCGCCCCACGUGACCCCGCAGGCGCACCCAGCCUGCCCCGCGCGCGGCGUGAAGCUCGCCGGGCCGCCGCCAUUGUUCCGCUGGCGGAGGCGGGCGCGGCGCGGCUGCGGGAGCUGGGCGCGGGGCCGGGGCCGGGCCCGGCCUGGCUGUGCGCGCUGGGCGUGGGCGCGCUGGCGCUGCUGCUGCUGCUCGCGCUGCUCGUCUACGGCUGCGGCUCGGGCGGCGGCGGGGGCCGGGCCCAGGCGCGCGCGGCGGGCCGGGCCCCGCGCAAGGCCGCGCCCCGGGGCCGGCGGGACGAGGCGGCGGCGGCGCCCGCGCAGGGCCCGGCCCCGAGCCCCGCGGCCGCGCGGCCCGACGAGCCGAGGAAGCGGGCCCGCCGCAGGCCGGCCGACAAGCCCAAGCCAAAUGGACGAACUGUUGAAGUGGCUGAGGAAGAAGUUGUUCAGAGCCCUCGAAGUGUGGCCGUAAAACAACCAGUAGAGACUGACAAGAAAAAUGAAAAGUCAAAGAAAAAUAAGAAGAAAUCAAAGCCCGACGCUAAAGCAGUGCAGAGCAGUUCACGCCAUGACGGGAAGGAAGCUGAUGAAGGAGCCUGGGAAACUAAGAUUAGUCACAGAGAGAAACGGCAGCAGCGUAAACGGGAUAAGGUGCAGACUGAUUCUGGCUCAUUGGAUUCAACUCUCCCUGGGAUAGAAAGCACCAUCACUGUUACCAGCGAGCAACUUGCAGCUGCAUCAUUUCCCGUUGGCUCCAAGAAGAACAAAGGUGAUUCUCAUCUAAAUGUUCAAGUUAGCAACUUUAAAUCUGGAAAAGGAGAUUCCAUACUUCAGGUUUCUUCAAGCUUGAAUGAAAACCUUGCUGUCAACGGCGGAAGCUGGAAUGACAAGUCUCUGAAACUCUCCAGCCCGCUGAAUGCAGGAGAGGAGAAGUGGAACUCAGUCACCCCUGCCUCCGCCGGCAAGAGGAAGGCCGAGCCGGCUGCCUGGGGCCCGGACCCUGGCGAGGCCAGCGCCAGCAGCACCAGCGCCAACGGCAAGGACUGGGGAAGAAGUUGGAGUGACCGCUCCAUAUUUUCUGGCAUUGCUGCUUGGUCUAGUGUGGAUAGGGGGGUGAAUUCCUCUGAACAGAAUUCUGCUGCUUUGGCAUCUCUCACACUUAACUCUGCUGUUCCUGGGUCUGCUGCUGAGCCCGUUUCUCAGUCUUCUGCUUCUGAUUAUCAGUGGGAUGUUGGCCGUAACCAGCCCUACAUCGAUGAUGAGUGGUCUGGGUUAAAUGGCCUGUCUUCGGCAGACCCCAGCUCGGACUGGAAUGCGCCAGCAGAGGAGUGGGGCAACUGGGUGGAUGAAGAAAGAGUAUCACUUCGAAAGUCUCAGGAACCAAUUCCUGAUGACCAAAAAGUUUCAGAUGAUGAUAAAGAAAAAGGAGAAGGAACUUUUACAACUGGGAAAUCAAAAAAGAAAAAGAAGAAAAAGAAGAAACAAGGUGAAGAAAAUUCACCGGCACAGGACACAGAAGAUUUUGAAAAAGAAAUCAAAGAAGAGCUUCCAGUGAAUGCCUCUAAAAUUCACCCAAAACAGGAAAAAACUUUUUCUUUGAAGACCACAAGCACUAGUGAUCCAGCUGAAGUACUCAUCAAAAAUAGCCAGCCGACCAAGACUCUUCCUCCGGCUGUUUCUGCCGAGCCAUCCAUUUCUUUGUCGAAGAAUGAUUCUGACAAGAGCUCUCCCCAAGUGCCACUGAUGCCACAAGAGACAGAAAACCCCAAGUCAAAUCCGAAGCAAAAUAGCGUGCCUCCUUCACAGACCAAGUCUGAAACUAGCUGGGAAUCUCCCAAACAGAUAAAAAAGAAGAAAAAAGCCAGACGGGAAACGUGAAUUUUUUCCCCUGAAUGGACAGGUGUUUGCUAACACUGUCUUGAAGAUUAUGCUGUUUAUGCAAUAAUUUGUGAACAUGUACAGAGUUUUAUAGAAAUGUAAACCAAUUUUUAAAACUGUGAACACAACCACCAUAAAAAAUGGAAUUAAAGGAAAGUUAAUUUAUGGAAUGAAAGAGAGGUCAGGGCUUGUUCUGCCAUGCUGGAAAACCCUUGGGAAAGCCUCGGCCACAGAAAGAGAGCGAUUUUCAUUUCCGAAUCUUCUGCUUUGACAACAGCGCCGUGUUUACAACAGCUUGCACCCGUUCACAUCUCCACUGGGGACUGAUGGGUUCUGCCCACAGAGCAGCGGUUGCAGGCUUGGAGGCAGCUUCUCGGGUCUUCUGCACGGGACUUUCACCACGAGCGCCGGUUUUAUGCUCCAAUCAAAGUGCUCUGAUCAAAUGCAUAAUCUGCCAUAACUUUACAUAUAUGUGUUGGUAGCCGUUUGUAUUCAAGGAAUCACAAGUGCAAAUAAAAAAGGCGUUUAUCUUUUUUGGAACUAGAAA